CUUCCCGUUUCUAAAAAUAGAACACAUUCACGAAAUUGACUGAGACCGAAACGAGCCAUUUUCAGGAAAUACCGACUAUAAAAUCAUUAGAAGUAUUAGACGAUUUUUAGGAUCUGGUCAGCGAGACGAGUCCAGUAAAGAACCAUGAGUAAAUCCAAGCAACGACUCAGACCCUGGCUAGAAGAACAGCUCAACAGCGGUCUUUUUCCAGGUGUUGAGUGGAUUAAUAAACAAGAACAGACAUUUAAAUUACCAUGGAAACAUGGAAGUAAAGAAAAUUGGUGUGAAUCUGACUGUCUUAUUUUCAAGGCAUGGGCUGUUAAUGGUAAGCGUUUUCAUGAAGGUGAAGACACACCUAAUUGGUCGACCUUGAAAAGUGGUUUAAAAAAUGCACUCAGGAAGCUGACAGAUGUCAAGGAACUGACAACCAAGGAAGACCUUGAGGAACCUAACCCACACAGAGUCUAUAAGUUUCUUCCAAAGAAAGAUAUGCUAAAUGGGCAAAAUGAAGAAAGUUUUGUGAAUCCUGGUAUAAACUGUAGCAACACAAAUGGCGAGUUGACACCCCAUCACUUGUUGCGGAACAUACCAACAGUUGUGUGUGAUGUUUGUCCUGAUGAAGAACCAGUUGGGCCUAUCAAUACUCUGAGUGAUGAUCUUAACAGCAUUCAAGAUGAUGACCUCUUUGGUGCACCACAACCACCUGCGCUAAGCAACAGUGUAGCCAUGGAAACAGAAACAAAUGACUGUGCAGGCAUUCCCGCCAAUUACACGUACAGUACUAACGUUUGUGCACCUUAUUCGGCUGUUAGCAAUGGUGUAACCAUGGAAGCAGAAAAUUCAGUUACGUCUGAUUUUCCAAUGAGUGUUUCUGCCAGGCAAGUGGAUGAAGGUGCCACAUCAUCUUCAUCAUCUCUUCUCAGCUUCCUUCAAACUAAGGGGGACAACUCUCUUCAACUACCUGGAGAUGAUGAAUUCAUUUUCCACAUAAAAUACCGCAGCCUGACAGUUGGUCAGCAUCGGGUGGGCCGUGAAGGAUGUCGUCUGGUUUAUGGUCCUAUUCAGUCGAUGGCAGAUUGCGACCUGCAGGUCAAGAUGUUUGGUACAUCACAUAUGGUACCAAUACCAUUUCCAGAACCGACUAUGCCUUCUUCGAAGAGGCAAGAAAACAUCACCAGAAAUUGUCUGAAUGCAGUAGAUAGAGGCAUUUUACUCUACUGUCAAAAUAACAGCAUUUAUGCUGAACGAAAAUGCAGGUCAAGAAUUUUUGUGGAACAACAAGCCAACAGUCCAAACUGCCAAACAAUCAAAUUGGAGCGGGAUAAACCAACAAAGAUUUUUGACUUCAUUUAUUUUAUUGAAAGCUUAAUGAAAUACGUGAACCGGGAUAUUGCGACUCAUCCAUCUGCUGAAGUACUGAUUGGCGUUGGUCAGGACUGGACACAUGAAGAAAACCCGUCAGAAAAUCUACUGAUUUCAAUCUCCGUGUUCAACUCUCUGGCUCUUUACCAUCUGGCACAGUUUAAGUUGGUGAAAUCCGACGGCCAAUCUCUGCCCGACUCGUCCGAACUCCAGAUGUCGGUUUCCAACAGCAUGGAUACCUACAUGGACCUGCUCAAGAUUCUGCACAGUGCCGCUAAGCAAAACGAGACCGCCAAUACCCCUGGCUGGUCCUGUGAUUCAAGCUUUCAAAUGAGUUGAAUGGGACAACAAUGAAAGAGAAAUUCAGCAAGAGAUCUUUUAUAUGCACCAUCCCACAGACAAGAUAGCACAUACCACAGCCUUUGAUAUACCAGUCGUGGUGCACUGGCUGAUGAGGAAUAAAGUUGUACUUUGUAGUAUACUGAUUUUUAUAUGUCUGUAUUAGUGUAAAUAUAAUUUAAUAUUUUAAAUGUACUGUUAAUUUAAUAUGAUUGGAUGCCAUAUAUUUCACAAUUUUUAUUUUUACAAUUUACAAUUUACUGAAGUUUUGUGACCACCCUCUGUGAUAAUUUAGAUAAUAUUUUUGUCAGUGUGUUAGAAUUUGUAUUUCUAUAAAUAAAGAUUAAUAACUGUU